UUGAGUUUGUUGUGACUUGUGCUGUGUGCUUGUGUCUCCUCUUCUUGUGUCUUCUGUGUUAUUGUUAUUGUAUGUUCUUGUAUCUUGUGUUGUGGAUGUGGUGUGAUGGUGAUUAGGUGAUUUUUUUAAUGUACUACAGGCUAACUGACUGUUCGGUUGCGGUUCGGAGUUCUCUUUAGGUUAUGUAUUGAUUUCAUGUCUAGGCCUACCUACCUCUGAUCUGACUUAGUGAAUUUGAAACAUCCCUAAUUAAUUUAGGUGCUAAACUGAAACCAGCCUUUUUGAUUUCAACAUGAGCAAUCCCUUACCAACACCACCCGAAGGGGCGCAAAACACAGUUAGCUCUCUGCCUCUUCCUCCAAUGCAAUAUAUCAAUUUAUAUACAGAUGAAAAUAUCAAAAGAGGAAGGGCACCAAAGCCUCCUCUCCCUAUUCACGAUACGUAUAAAAUGUUUGGUAACACAUACAAUGCUGACGAUGCCAUUAUCAGACCACUGGAAUCACAGGGAUUCAAACGUCUCUACCCUCAACAUUAUGACAGAAAAAGGGAACUUCGUAAGCUGAACCAUUCAUUGUUUGUCAACUUCCUUGAUCUGCUAGAUCUUCUAGUACGUUGCCCUGACUCUCCACAUCGAACUGCCAAAGUGGAAGAUCUGACACUUUUGUUCAUCCAUAUUCAUCAUCUAUUAAAUGAGUUCAGACCACACCAGGCGAGGGAAACAUUGAGGGUUAUGCUGGAAUUGCAAAAGAGGCAAAGGAUUGAAACUGCUUUACGUUUUGAAAAACAUCUGAACAAGGUGAAAGACAUUCUGCAGCAGGCCCUGAUGAGUCUACCUGACACGUCUGAGCUAGACUCUAAGCUGACAGUUCCAGUUGAGGCGAUGGAGACUAUGGACACAAGCAGUCAAGACGAGACUUCCAGUGACGGUUGCAACCCAUUGGACAGACUUAUGUGUGAAAUCAUUGACAAAAUGUAAACCUACCAUGUAUUAUAGUAUUUGUAAAUAAGAAUUUUGUAACUAAAAUC